AUGUGGCGCAGCACGCUCUGCCCACCAGCGUGGGCAAACGCGGACUGUGUUUCGCUCCGCAUGGGCGGCGUCAUGGACGCCUUCCAACAUCAUUUAUUCCCAUUUGGCCAGAUGGUAACUCUUCGCCUGUACCAGUCUGUAUUUCGCUUCGAAAGAGAUGGGCAAGCUGCGAGCAGCGACAUCCUGCGACGCACUGGUGAGCAGCUUGAAGCCCUGCGCCAGUUGGCCUGCCUUGUGAACUACCAGAGAUGCUGGUCGAGGGGCCGAGCACAAUCAUGGAGACGCGGCGUGCAGAGCUUGUGUCGGACGCUGCUGGCACACCAGCUGUCUGCGAAGCUUCUGCCUGGCCUCUGUGCAUCGCUUGUAAACAAGGGGCCAGUGCGGCAUGGCAGAGAUCGGUUGAAAGCAGUUCUGGGCAUGCAAGAUGGUCUGAAGAUGCUGGCAGAGGCAGCCUUGCCAUCAUCCCUCGGCUUGUCUCUGCAGGACGACAGAAAGGCACGACUAGAUGAUUCGAAGAUCAUCCGAGAGCUUCUGCAGCUGCUUGAGCAAGACCGGCAGACGCUCAGAUCCUUCAAAGGACAGGCAAGCCACAGCGAGGAACUUCUGCAGCACCUGACCAGCCGUGGACUAGGCUUACUGGAGCAUCUGGACCAAUUCGCACAGCACUACCCAGCCGAGAUUCUGCAGAUGCCGUUCCAGCUGCUGUACUCAGCAAGCUUGUCGCCUGCGGGCACCUGUCAGCACGACAAGAGUCCGAGACUCAUACCCCCACCGGAAGACCGCUGGUUCCGCACGAAGGUGGAUGGUACACGCUAUUACAGUCCUUGGCCCAGCUCGACCGAUCUCCUCUUCCGUUGGGCGACAGCAGGAGGUCGCCCCUCUAACUGGGUUCUGAACUUGGGGUCUGGUGAUGGAAGCUGCUCCGGAGGCGACGAAUACGAUCCGGCCAACUGUCUCGUUCUGAACCAUGGUUGGCGCGGCAUCUUCAUCGAGGCGGACACGGCUCUUGCGGAACAGGCACGCGUAUCCCUUGGAGAUCAAGUUCGAGUGCUGUCCGCGAGUGUGACGCCAUCUGACGUAGGACCCCUGGUGGCUUCAGCCGUGCAGAGCCUCUUCGCCAACAUGUCAGGGAAGACGUGGCUCGACGUAAACGCACCUCGUCGGCCGGACCUUCUGAAAGUCGAUGUGGACCAGGCAGACUGUGAGUUUCUUGAAGCCUUGCUUGAGAUCUUUGAGCCCCUGCUGCUGCAUGUGGAGAUCAAUCCGCUCUUCCCACCACCUUAUGAAUAUCAAGAACAGUGGCGAGGGAAAGACUUCGCUCUUCCCGUGGAGACGGAUCAUCAUCUAAUCGGCUGUUCCUUGCAGUCUUUCAUCGAGCGCACGCGACGAAGAUGGGGUGCGCGAGCACGCCCGGAAGCCUACCGACUUUCUCAUGUGGAGUUUGAGAAUGCGGUGUUGAUUCAUCCGGACGCAGCAAGAAUCUUGCCCGAAUCGCCAGUCAACGAGCAGAGCAGUCAACAAAUUCUGGAUUUGUACACGGCGGGCUACUUUUGCCAUCCUCUGCGUGGCAUCCUAUCAAUGCGGGAGAGCCUGGCAUUCUACGAUUUCCGCCAGUGGAUGGACCUGGAGCAGCACCCGCAAGUCAGAGGAGAGCGCAUGAGACGGUUCCUGCGCCGAGAAUGGGCGAAGCCAUCUUUGUCGCGAGCAGCCCUUGGCUCCAAGGAUGCAAGAUACACACUGAGCUGGCCCAGAGGAGAGGCACUGCCAGAAGGAGCCCCGCAUCUGAGGUUGGACUCGGCGCUAGACACUGCCAACGAGCUGAUUCGUUUGUCAUCCCCUGGAGUGGUGCAUGAGACCCUGCGCAGAGAAGCGCUGAUUCAGCGAGACAUCGCAGCUGGGCUCAGGCUCAUGAGAGACCGCAUGUGUCUGGUCAUUGACUCCCUGGGCCCGAUGGUCCGCGCUUUGGGAGUGCAAGAGAUGAAGCAUUGCGAGCAGACAUUGGAGCUCAAGAGGCUUCUGCUCGCCAUCGCACAGGAAGAGUCCGUUUGGGGAAUGCAGCACAAAGCUCAAGCCAGUGCAGAGGGGAGGCCCAUCAAGCAUCUGAACAGCGAGACCUACAAGCUUCGGCGCUCUCUGCACAAGAUCUGCUAUGCUCCGCCUGGCUCAGCUGUUGAGGAGGACAUGGAUGCAGUUUGGAAAGCUGUGAAAAGGAAGGAAGUGUUUGAUCUGGCCGCUGCACGUGCGGAGGCAGAGCGCUUGCGCUUGAAGGUGGCUGGCUGCGAGCUGACCAUGCGGCGUUCGGAUGUCAAGCAGAAUGCCUUGGCGGUUAACGCCGACAAUGAUGCGCGGGCUUUUCUGCAGACGGUGCAGGCCAAGGUGAAAGAAGCAACGGAUGUGCUCAAUGCAUAUGCGGAAUGGGCUUCCAAGACGGAGGCGAGUUUGAUCCUUUGUGGCUUGACGAGUCCCCCUUCCGCAGGUGCUCUUGAGGCGGUGCCAGCGAACCCUAUGACGCUUGAAGCACAGAGGCUUCGUAAAGCUCUUCAAGGCAUCAUCGAAGCCGCUUUGAUCACUCGGAAGCGUCCAGGAAGAAACGGCGGCAAGGCUGGCUCGCCUACCUCUGCACCCCUGGCAGAGGAGCAGCGAUGA